AUGAGGACAGUGUCUGAGGAAACAUCCUGGAACAAUGAAGCACCCGAUUUUUGGCUUCAGGAUGACUUUACCCUGGAGCCUGUGGUUCAGGAUGACUUUACCCAGGAGUCUGUGGUUCAGGAUGACUUUACCCUGGAGCCUGUGGUUCAGGAUGACUUUACCCUGGAGUCUGUGGUUCAGGAUGACUUUACCCUGGAGUCUGUGGUUCAGGAUGACUUUACCCUGGAGUCUGUGGUUCAGGAUGACUUUACCCUGGAGUCUGUGGUUCAGGAUGACUUUACCCUGGAGUCUGUGGUUCAGGAUGACUUUACCCUGGAGUCUGUGGUUCAGGAUGACUUUACCCUGGAGUCUGUGGUUCAGGAUGACUUUACCCUGGUUCAGGAUGACUUUACCCUGGAGUCUGUGGUUCAGGAUGACUUUACCCUGGAGUCUGUGGUUCAGGAUGACUUUACCCUGGAGUCUGUGGUUCAGGAUGACUUUACCCUGGUUCAGGAUGACUUUACCCUGGAGUCUGUGGUUCAGGAUGACUUUACCCUGGAAUCUGUGGUUCAGGAUGACUUUACCCUGGAACAAAUCGUAUCCAGACAUUGUCGAGCAGAGAAUACAACGGGACACCGCUACUCUUCAGUGACGUCAGGUAACGAGAAUACAACGGGACACCGCUACUCUUCAGUGACGUCAGGUAACGAGAAUACAACGGGACACCGCUACUCUUCAGUGACGUCAGGUAACGAGAAUACAACGGGACACCGCUACUCUUCAGUGACGUCAGGUAACGAGAAUACAACGGGACACCGCUACUCUUCAGUGACGUCAGGUAACGAGAAUACAACGGGACACCGCUACUCUUCAGUGACGUCAGGUAACGAGAAUACAACGGGACACCGCUACUCUUCAGUGACGUCAGGUAACGAGAAUACAACGGGACACCGCUACUCUUCAGUGACGUCAGGUAACGAGAAUACAACGGGACACCGCUACUCUUCAGUGACGUCAGGUAACGAGAAUACAACGGGACACCGCUACUCUUCAGUGACGUCAGGUAACGAGAAUACAACGGGACACCGCUACUCUUCAGUGACGUCAGGUAACGAGAAUACAACGGGACACCGCUACUCUUCAGUGACGUCAGGUAACGAGAAUACAACGGGACACCGCUACUCUUCAGUGACGUCAGGUAACGAGAAUACAACGGGACACCGCUACUCUUCAGUGACGUCAGGUAACGAGAAUACAACGGGACACCGCUACUCUUCAGUGACGUCAGGUAACGAGAAUACAACGGGACACCGCUACUCUUCAGUGACGUCAGGUAACGAGAAUACAACGGUCCUGAAAAAAAUUUGCGCUGAGAAAAUCCAAAAGGUACGUGUGAAAACAAAAGGAAAAACAUUGUUGCAUUGUGGGACCGUUAGUUAUGAAACACUGCAGUCCAUCAUUGGCUGAAUCAUGAUAUAUUCAGUUCAUUCUGGCUUCAUCUGUGAUCACAACAAAAUAUUAAAUAUUGUAAAUAAGCAUUAGUGAACUAUAUAUAUAUAUAUAAAUAUAACUACUACUCUAAUAGGAAACAAUACCAUACAGUAGCCAAUAGGAGCCGGAGAUAACUAGACUACCUGCCACCUCUACACUCUAACCACUAGACUACCUGCCACCUCUACACUCUAACCACUAGACUACCUGCCACCUC